AGCUGUUCCCGGCUGUGCCCUUCCUCCAAAUCCUGUCGAAAUCGUCGCUGGUUUUUGGCCAUGGCACGGCUCAUUGCCUUCGUUUGCGCAGCCACUGCCUUGGCCUUGGUGGCCACGCCUCUCUUCGUGUCGCCGCUGCCCGACCGUGCGGCCCCAGCGCGCCUGAGCUCGCCCGUGGCCUUGGCCGCUGAGAAGGGUAGCAGCUAUGGCGCUUGGACGAGCGAGUCGAAGCAGUCGGAGCAGAGUGAGGCCGCACCCUCCUGGACCCUCCGUGCCGCGGCCGUGCCGCUCUUGGCGCUUCUCCUGGCGCUGCUGCCCAUGGACGCGGCCGAGGCCGCCCGCUCGGGCGGUCGCAUGGGCGGCAGCCGCAUGGGCUCCGCGCCACGCGCCGCGCCCAGGCCCAACAGCACUGCCAGGAGCUCCAGCUCCGCCCGCAUCGGUGGUGGUCCCAACAUCUCCGUGGGCAUCGGAGGACCUGUGAUUUCGCCCUUCGGCUUUGGCUCCCCCUUCGGCUUCGGCUCCCCCUUCGGCUUCGGCUUGGGCGUGCCGGUGCCCUUGGGGCCAGUGGGGCCCUCCGCCAGCGACCAGAUGCUGCAGAACCAGCAAGUGCAGGAUGAGCGCAAGAUCGACGAGCAGAAGCAGGAGAUCCAGGCGCUCAAGAAGGAGUUGGACGAUCUGAAAACCCAGAAAACCACGAAGUAAGUCCCAAUCGCCUGAGAGUGGGAUGGAGAGGCCUAAGCCCACAUCGGGUUGCGGCCGAGCGGCACGCCCAACCUCUUCGGAGAGGAAAACCCCAACGAAAUGAAGAUGGAUCCACUCUCGGGGUUUCGAGACCCACAUGGAACCUGGC